AUGCAGCAGAAGGCUGAGCUGCUAUCACCUCCUCCUUCCGGAUGCGCGCCUAAGGGCAGGCGAGCUCGUUGCGAUGGCUUAGAGGCCCCGGAGGACAUGGAUGCCUGGCAUCGCGCCAGCUCUUUCUCGGAGGCUGAGAGCUGCCUGGCCUUGGAUGGCGCCAACGGAGCUUCGGUCACAAAGCUGGCCCUAGUCGGAGUGGCGCUCACAGACGAGGAAGUUUCGCGACUAUCUGAGCAUCUUCACAGUAACUCCAAUGUGAUGCGCCUGGCCCUUGUUGAGUGCAAUCUUGGCGACCAGGCCGCUGAGCACUUAGCCGAGGCGUCAUUCCAGGGCAUUGACAUCUCUGAGCCUGGGCAGGCCCAGGUUUUCUAUUGCUACAGUCAGUCCCUGCGAACUCUGGGAGUCAAGUUGUUGCUUGACGCCCUGGAGACCAACUACACGAUACGCAUUCUGGAGAUGAGGACAAUGAUUGAAAACAUUCUGAGCUUCAAUCAGACAGCCUUGGCAACAAAGGGUCCGCAGGCGCUGGCCACAGUCGGUGCAGAUGCACUUGGCAGUGUCAAGGCCAGUGACUGCACAGCUGGGUGCAACGAGUGGAAGAAGCGAAGUAGAGCUCAAGCGGCCUGCCCCAAGGGCUUGCAGGAUUCUACACGGAUGCAAGAGGUUUUGCAUCGCUGGGAAGAGGCGAUCGGCAGCACAUGGGCCGUUUUUGCUGUCCCGGCAGAGUGCCCAUGCUAUCAGUGUGAAUGCUUGCUGCAGGAGGCGAGAUCACUGGUCAAUAACGUGGUGGUGCCAGACUUUUUGAGCUGCAGCUUUGAUAGCGAGUGGGAGGCUUGCAAACGACUGUUUGCAGUCGCGAUGCUGGACCCCAGCUGCGCAGAGGUCCUGCUCCGCAGAUCUCCGCAGGGUAUCGGAGGUUUGGGUGCUCGGCUUCUCCAGCCGAGGCCAGUGGAUCUUCCAAGAUUUCCGCAAUCAUUGGCUGAUCUCCCGCGGUACCCAUGGCUGGAGAAGCUCUUCUCCAUGGCAAAGGCUGCACAGGAGGAUCGAGCAUGUGAGAAAGCUAUGUAUUUGAGACUUGUGGUCCUCAGAGAGACCUUGAAGAAAGGAGACUGUCAUGCAAUCCUUUACUUGCAGUUGAUCUCGCAGUUGUUGAAGAAGGGGCAGUUGGACUGGACGGAGCACUCCGGCUGGCCCAUCACGUCAUGGUCUGUUUAUGUGAACAUCCAUCGCCUGUUAUCGGGCAUGACCUUUGCGCCUCUUCCUGCAGAUCCGACCCCUGUGAAUCAGUUUUCACAUCUGGUACCGGCGGUUUGGCCGAUGCCAGAUGCUUAUGUUGUGAAGCCGACAACGCGCAGUGUCAGUGUCUUCUACAUUGCAAUGCACGUUGUUCCGUUUAAUGAUCUGCUGACAUUUCUAGAUGAAUGGUGGCAGCCAGCCGGCGGGUCGGACAAAGCUCCGGUGCGGAUUUACUCGAAUUACAUGGGUUUUCCUCGGUGCUGUCCUGGUGUUGGUCAAGCAUGCUCAGAGAAGGACCUGAGGAAGUCGCAGCACAUGCAGACAGAUUGGAGGAUACCAUAUUGCUGUAAAGAUGAGCAACUGUACAGCUUGAUAGGUGUGCCGCGACUUCACGAUCAUAGCGAGGGGCAAUGGGAAGGUGCCUAUGGCAACCAUGCCACCCACCACUGGUCCCAAGUGAAGCAGGAGUUCGCCGCGCAAUACUAUGCCUGGCUGGACUCCCACGUGGAUCUAUUCCUUUGCGGACAUCCGCUCUUCUGGUGCACUCUCUUUGAGGAUUUGCUGCGAGCAAACCAGCAAAAGUCCAUGAUUGCGGUCUACGACCAGCCGCCAUUUUUUUUGGUGCCUAGCGAUGGCGAAGAUGACUUUGCCGGCCGCCUUCAAGCCUUUGCAGACCCCGAGUUUCAGAAUGCCGUGGUAGUAGGCUUUGGUCCUUUCUUCAGCCGCCAGUUCGAAUGGUUACUUGGGCGCAAGAUCCCACACAGCCGCCCAAUAGCCUUGGUGGUGAAAGAGGUUUGGCAACCGCUACGGCCAGACUCUGUGCUGGUCUCGACAUCCAUCGACAGAGAAGCGAUAGGGAUAUUCUUUCGCUAUGCAGAGGAGAACACAAUGACAGAUCCUAGCGGAUUGCAGCUGCAAUUCCUGGAGUGGGGCCUGGAUGCUAAGAGCUUGGAGCAGCGUCCCGGCCUCACCUAUGAGACACCAAAGUCGGAACUGGCGCAGCUUCGAUGUGUUGUUGUCACACCCUAUGACUUUGCGCAUUUCAAGCUGCCAGAGUUCAAGGCCAUGGGCAUGCCAGUGCUUAUGCAUUCGCAGCUAUGGAAGUGGACAACCCGCUGGUCCCAGCUUAUUGCACGGCCGGCUGGCCGCAAUGCAUCCAUCUUUGCAGAGAAGCGCUGGCAUCCACCUGCAGACUGCUAUGCAAAGCACGGGGAGGACCUGCUGAUGCCAUCUCUUCCAGAGUCGUUUUACAAAGACCCAUGGGGUUUCCUUCCCGAUGAUGACCCUUGCGCGAGCGCUUUGUCGACUUGGGAUGACGACACAGGACCUUUUGGCCGCUCUCCAUUCCAGCUGUUCACGAUAGAUCGGAGGGACUUGCAACCUCUGGACGGCACGCUAUUCUGGUCACAAUGGAGUGAGAUGUCUUUGCUGCCGUACACAAUAUAUUUCGAUUCUGCAGCGCAUCUCAUCUCGCUUCUGCAGAGCUUACCGCUUCAGGCGCUGAUGGAUGUCUCACGGGCACAGCGGCACUGGUAUCGUCAGGAAGCAUUUCAGGUUGUGGAAUUCUGGCGCGGCUUGACUGCCGCCCUCCUGUCGGGUGAUGCUUCGGCAUUCAAAGGAAGACGGCCAACGCUGCAAUCAGCACCAAAACUGGACACUUGGCUCGAUCAGCACUGCCACAGCUACUCCAAGCAGACUGCCUGGGACAAGACUGAGGCGGAUCAAGGCGGCUGGUGGGACCAAGGUCGUGGAGCCCAGGACCAAGGUAGCGAACCCAAUGCCUGGGAUGCGUGGCAGAAGCAGAAGCAAGCUCCGGCGGAUGGAUGGGGCAACAACUCAUGGCAAACAAGCCAGCAGCCUGCCGAAACAGCUGAGGAAGCAAACGCGCGUCGGCAUGCAACGUACAGGAAGGAAUACUAUGACUGCCAGGAUUGGUACAAACAGACUGGUAUCACCCCAGACACGAACAACGCGCCAGCCAAGUUCUUGGAUGAGUCAGGCGAUAGAGGUGAAUGCUUCGAGCUGUACAAUUCAGUGGAAGUUGAGGUCACGGGGGAUGGUUCGGAAAGCUUGCCGCCGCAUCUCGACACAUUUGAAGAGUUGUUGUCAAGAUUUGACAACAUUCCUGCGCAGCUGGAAGAGAAUCUGAAGCUUCUCAAGUUCCAGUACCCAACUCCUGUCCAGAAAUUUGCAGUUGUUGCUGGCCUUGCUGGGCGUGACGUCAUGUGUUGUGCUCAGACAGGGAGUGGCAAGACAGCAGCUUACCUCAUCCCCAUGCUUUCAAGCAUGAUGAAAAAUCAUCGAGAAACAGGUGCACUCAGAGAGCCCUUCGAAGGUCCAUGUGAGCCAGACACACUCGUCUUGGCUCCAACAAGAGAGUUGGCUUUGCAGAUCUAUGAUGAUGCGCUCCGGUUCUGCUAUGGCACGGCAUACCGAGUGAUCCGUGUCUAUGGCCAGGAGAAGCGGGAGAACCAGAUUCGUGAUUUCUGCAAAGGGGCUGAUGUCUGCGUGGCAACGCCCGGACGAUUUGCCGAUUUUGUCGAAGCAGAAAUUAUCAGCGUCAAGAAGACUUACUGCUUGGUGCUGGAUGAGGCUGACCGCAUGAUGGACCUGGGAUUUGAAGAGACCAUUCGCGAGCUCGUCGAAAAGCGGGGAAUGCCCGGAUGCACCGAACGUCAGACCAUGAUGUUUUCUGCCACAUUUCCGAAGCUCAUCCAGGAAACGGCCGAGAAGUACCUGCACAAUCACCUUUUUGUCAGGGUGGGGAGGCUUGGCAGCCCUGCUGCUACAGUCAGUCAGGUGCUCCAGAAGAUCGAGAAGGCAGAGAAGUUGACCACACUUGUACAGCUGAUUGAUUCUUGGAUGACAAACUCACGACCAUCUGGCCAUGAACGAAUGCUGGUGUUCGCAAACAGCAAGAACCAGGUUAAAGCGCUGGACGAAUACCUAUGGGACAAAGAGGUUGCAAAGACUGGUGCCUUGCACGGUGACCUGGACCAGCCCAAGCGAGAGUCGAACCUAGCUCUUUUCCGUGAAGGCAAGAUCGAGGUGAUGUUGGCUACGGAUGUCGCAGCACGGGGACUGGACAUCAGCAAAGUUUCCCAUGUCGUGAACUUCGAUUUGCCCAAGGAGCCAGACAUCUACGUUCAUCGAAUUGGCCGUACUGGCCGCAUCGGACACCGUGGCACAGCCUUCAGCUUUGUUACCAUGGAUUCUGGCUGGUGGAUGGACACUGACGAUAUGCUGAAAGAGUUGCCCAACAUUAUGGAAGGAGCACCAAACACAGAGGUGCCGGAUUGGUUGCUGGAGAAGGUCGCCACCAUCUCAACAGGAGCUUGGGGCUCCAAGGAGGAUGGAGACGACACGAGGGAUGCUCGCACGGCCUGGUCACAGUUGGAUCCCCAGUGGAAGGGUGCUACUGCAGAUGGCGAUUGGAAUCAAGAGAGUGGAGACAACGUCUGGAAGGACGACGCCUGGGGUCAGCAAGACAACGCUGAUCAGAACGGUGAGAAUGGUGCCUGGGGUCAGCAGGACAAUGCAGAUCAGAAUGGUGGAAAUGGUGCCUGGGCCCAGCAGGACAAUUCUAACCAGAAUGGUCGGAACGAUGACACCUGGGGGCAGCAGCAAAGCACUGACCAGGAUACUCAGUAUCAGCAGACGACUGAGAGUGGCCAGGAUGGUCAGGGAUGGGGGGCACCCUCAUGGAAUUGA